AUGCAGACCCAAAAGACCAACCCGAAGUCCCCUCUCUUCCAAAUGACUCUCCCGCCCACCACCAUCGACGACCUCCCCGACGAUAUCCUCCACAAGAUCUCCAUCCAGCUGAUCGAAGCAUCACCCCAUACCCCCUCCGCCCUCGCCCCUCUCUGCCGCGUCAACCAGCGCUGGAAUACCCUCUUCACACCAACCCUCUACACCCACUUCACCUACAGCGGCGACCCAUCCUCCAUCCCCAAGCUCUGGUCCUUCCUCCGCACAAUCCACCGGCGUCCGGACCUCGCAUCGCUCGUCCACAGUCUCAUCCUGACAACAACGCACCUCAAUGAGCCGACUCUAGCGCAAGCCUACCACCCCGACUGGACGCGGUUCUUCAAUAUGCUUCGUGAGCUUGCAGCUGAGAAUUACCACUGGGUUCUCGAGGCUUUGGCUGAGGGGGGCAUGGCUGAUCUGUACGAUGAUGUCUAUGCUGCGUUCUUCCCGGCCCCGUCAGGACAGCAGCCGUGGGAUAUCGUGCACUGGGGAAAAUACAUCCAAUCGCUCACGGCAUUGGUCAUGGCGCUCUGCCCCAAUGUGACCAGGCUCGAUGUGCAUGUUCAUCCGGACGACAAGUUCCUCAAGCGCACUCUCAACAGCGCAGUCGCAUCGAGAUCGCAGAUGCAGCUGCUCAAGGACAUAGAUAUGGAUGCAGACUUGGAUAUCGCAUUCGAUACCGACGACGACGACAAUGAGGUCCCCACCAGCCCCGAUUCAACCAUCAGCGGCCUGCCAUUCCAGAAUCUGCAAACCCUUAUCUUGAGUCCGGCGUUUUCUUCUGUCCCAGGGAACAAUUCGAACGCAGGUACUCUCGUCCUAGGCGACGAGUACCCCUUCCAUCUACUCCCGAACCUGAAAGACCUGAGCAUUCAAGGCCCCAACGCCAACAUCCAAAUCACACCAGGAACCCAAACCACCAUGACACCAAUCGAAACCCUAACCCUCUCCAACCUCCGAGUUCAGAACCUCCUCCCAGGUCUCGCAAGACUAGCUCUCCCAGAAGGCUCAACCCAAGCCCUAACAAGCAACCUCCGCAGCCUGACCCUAACCCUCCCAGACAUCGGGGCGCAGAACAACAACGCCCGCCUCUACAGUCCCCUCUGGGCCGUGUUAAACCAUCUCCGCAAUCAACUCGUGGCCCUAGACGUCCAGCAAACCGUGAACGAGCACAACUGCACUCUAGACCUCGAGCUGGAGCCAGAUUCAUCUCGCUGGGCCCACAAUCUCGACAUGUGCACGUCUCUCUCGACGUUCCCAAAACUCACCCGUCUAAAUGUAUCGCUGUGGAUCCUUGUCGCGCUGAACUGCACACAUCCACACCCCUACCGGCUUAUCUCGCAUCUCCCGCCGAAUGUCAAGGAGUUGGGAAUUUACAAUCACCCGCGUCUGCUGGAUGUUAUGUGGGAAGAUGCGACGUUGCGUUUUAAUCUGCCGUAUGAGCUGGAGAAUACGGUCCUCUGGAGCUCGAAGCGGUGCCUGGCCAAGGCUGUUAUGCUCGAGGAUGGCCGGUCGGUUGAGAUUAUGGAUGCUGUGGCGGGGAUGAUGGGGGUUGGGGAACUGUUCGAUUGA